CAGACUCAAUACUUUGAUGAUUUUCUUGCACAACAAAAAAGACAAAAUGGUGGCAAUUGUGUAGUUCUUGGAUUUGGGGGGUUUUGCUAUGUUGUUCGAGUUGGCGAUUUCGAUGCUAGGAUUGGCUCUUAAGCCUCUCUUACUAGCUAAAAUAUCUUGUCAAAUUGGAGCUAGGAGUUUUUUCAUUAUUGUACAAACUUGGCUCGAGCUUCUCAAAUUCGCUCUAUCGCUACAUUUAAUCGUACUCUGGCGCCUCUCGAUUUGGGCUAUGGCGGCGUUAUCUCUCCCCAUACGAGCAUUUAAUGCUUUGUAUAGAGAAAGACUGCUAGAGAUGCAACUGCAAAGGCUGAGAAAUGAAUUGGAAAAUGUUAUAUGGGAUAGGAAAGAUCUAGAAGAUAAGCUCGCUUUAGCCAUCAAAGAACGUAAAAUGAUGGAAUCGAUGUUAGUCGAACUCGAAGAAGAACACGACGAAGCUAUUGCUAAACUCGAGUUGCUACAAGGGGAGGUUCAAGAUUUGAAGUGCGAAAUUCAACGGCUGAACGAGGUCCAAGGCAAAGCACUUUGGAGCAAUAGGGCCCGAGCUGGUACCGCAAAUGACUAUAAUACCCCCGAAACCAAUUAUAAUAAAUCAUCUCGAAAACCUCACAACAACAACAACGACAACAACAAAAACAUUACCCAAGUGGCGAAAGAUCUGUUCAAGGAAGAAAUCCACGAUGUAAUAAAAGCUGGAUCGGAAAUUUACGGGCUCUCGAUUUCGGAUGAGGGUUACGUACGGGAAGGUCAACGAGACGUGGCUCUAUCGCGAAGCCUAUUCAGCGCUUUUUUGUCUCUUGUUGUUGGAAUCAUUGUGUGGGAAUCUAAAGAUCCAUGCAUGCCUUUGGUAGUGGCGCUUUUGACCGUCGUGACUAUUUCAUUGGUAAGCGUUCGGCGGUUAUUUACGAGAAUCGAGCACAAACCGGCUUCUGAUGCUGUCCUGCUAUUGUGCCUCAACUGGUUCAUACUUGGUACUUUGAUGUACCCUACUUUGCCUAGGAUUGCGCGUUUGUUGGUUCCUUUGGCUUCGUGUCUUGGUAAACGAGCUUUUAGGUGGCUUGUUUUGUAGUUCCGAGUUUUUCUUUUUCUUUUUCUUUUUUUUUUGUAGGAACUUUGAAGUUUGUAGUGUUUUUGAAUUCUCUCUUCUUGUGAAGUUUAAAAAGUUACCUUGUUGAUGUUUUGUAAGUAUUCAUAUUGUA